AUGGUAGAGCAAAAUUUCACCAAAGUGAAGGAGUUCAUUCUUUUAGGGUUCACAGCUGACUUGCAAUUACAGAGAGUACUUUUUUUGAUCUUCCUCAUAAUUUAUGUCUUCUGUCUCCUGGGAAACAUCACUAUGAUUUUUCUGAUCUGUGCUGAUUCUCGACUCCACACACCCAUGUAUUUCUUCAUUGGGAAUCUGUCAUUCCUGUACCUCUGGUAUUCUUCUCUUUUUGCCCCCAAAAUCCUGAUGAUCUGCAUCACUGAUGACAAAAGCAUCUCCUUUGCUGGCUGCCUGGCUCAGUUCUUCUUUGCUGCUGGUCUUGAUCUUAGUGAGUGUUAUUUGUUGGCUGCCAUGGCUUAUGACUGCUAUGUGGCCAUCACCAAUGCCCUGCUUUAUUCCCAGGCAAUGCCCCUGAGGUUAUGUGCCAGUCUUGUUGCAGCUUCAUACUUUGGUGGCUUUCUUAACUCAACUAUUAUGAUCAGCAAAACAUUUACACUCAGCUUCUGUGACAACAAUGUCAUUGAUGAUUUCUUCUGCGAUCUACCCCUACUUGUGAAGCUGGCAUGUGAUGUGAAGGAGAACUACCAGGCUGUGGUCUGUUUCAUAAUGGCCUCCAAUGUCUUCACACCCACCAUACUAAUUCUUGCAUCCUAUCUCUUCAUCAUUGCUGCUAUUUUGAAUAUCUGCUCUAUCCAAGGCCAUCUAAAGGUUUUUUCCACUUGUGGCUCACAUCUGACAGCUGUCACCUUGUACUAUGGCUCAAUUCUCUUCAUUUACUCUAGAUCAAGCAGUAGCUAUGCCCUAGAAUGGGAUAAAGUGGUGUCUGUGUUCUAUACUGUGGUGACUUCAGUGUUGAACCCUUUGCUAUAUAGUUUAAGAAAUAAAGAUGUGAAAGAUGCCCUGAAGAAAAUGCUGGAUAGAGCCAAGGUAUCUUAA